AUGGCGGUCCCCCGGGAUGGCGCCCCUGCCCGCAAGACAGUCUGCCGCGUCGCUGCUGUUGCUGACGCGCCGGCCGCGGCGGUUGGCGAGGUGACGCGCGAGAACGUGCGCAACAUCGCCAUCAUCGCCCACGUCGACCACGGCAAGACCACGCUGGUGGACGCCAUGCUCAAGCAGUCCAAGGCGCGUCGACAUGGGGGGCAAGGGGAGGGUGUGUUCCGCGCGAACCAGGAGACCCAGGAGCGCGUGAUGGACAGCAACGCGCUGGAGCGUGAGAGGGGCAUCACCAUCCUGGCCAAGAACACGGCCAUCACCUACAAGGGCGUCAAGGUCAACGUCAUCGACACACCCGGCCACGCGGACUUCGGCGGGGAGGUUGAGCGCGUGCUCAACAUGUGCGACGGCGUGGUGCUGCUCGUGGACAGCGUGGAGGGACCGAUGCCCCAGACUCGCUUUGUGCUCAAGAAGGCCCUGCAGCUCAACAAGAAGGUGGUGGUGGUGGUCAACAAGAUUGACAGGCCCGCCGCGCGCCCAGAGUGGGUGGUCGACCACACGUUUGAGCUCUUCAUGGACCUGGGGGCGAACGACGACCAGUGCGACUUCCCGGUGGUGUACGCCUCCGGCGUCAAGGGCAUUGCCGGGACCUCCCCUGACUCCAUGCAGGAGGACCUGCAGCCCCUGUUUGAGAUGAUCGUCAACUCGGUGCCUCCCCCCACCGUCCUGCCUGACGCGCCCCUCCAGCUGCUGGUCACGAACAUUGACUUUGACGAGCACAAGGGCCGCAUCGCCAUUGGCCGCGUCACCGCAGGCACCAUCCGCAAGGCCCAGCAGGUGUCCCUUUGCAGCAGCCUUGAGCCGGGCAAGGUGCGCUUUGGCAAGGUGAACGAGCUGUUUGUGUACGACAACUUCAGCCGCACCCCCGUGGAGGAGGUCCAGGCCGGCGACAUCUGCGCGCUCACGGGCAUCCAGGACAUCUCGAUCGGCGAGACUGUGUGCACCCGCGAGCUCCCCAACGCGCUGCCGACCAUCAAGGUGGAGGAGCCCACCGUGUCGAUGACCUUCAAGGUCAACACCUCGCCCUUUGCCGGGAAGGAGGGCAAGUUCGUCACGUCGCGCAACCUGAAGGACCGCCUGGACAGGGAGCUGGAGCGCAACCUGGCGCUGCGUGUGGAGCCCGGGGACGGCGCUGAGUCGUUCCGCGUGAGCGGCCGCGGCACCCUGCACCUGGGCAUCCUCAUCGAGAACAUGCGGCGCGAGGGCUACGAGUUUGAGAUCGGGCCGCCCAAGGUCAUCACCCGCGAGAUCGACGGCGUGGAGUGCGAGCCCUACGAGGAGGCCAUUGUCGAGGUCCCCGAGAUGUACGUGGGCAGCGUGGUGGAGCUCUUCGCGCAGCGCAAGGGCGAGAUGGUCGACAUGCAGCCCUCGCUGGAGGCCACCACGCGUGUGACAUUCAAGAUCGCCACCCGCGGUCUGCUGGGGCUGAAGAACGCGCUGCUGACUGCCACGCGCGGCACGGGGCUGGUCAACACCAUCUUUGACGAGUACCGCCGCCGCGCCGGCGACAUCAGCAUGCGCGACCAGGGCAGCCUCGUCGCCUUUGAGACUGGCCAGGUAACGGCGUAUGCGAUCGAGAGCGCCCAGGAGCGCGGGCAGCUGUUUGUGAAGCCUGGCGACCAGGUGUACCAGGGCCAGGUAGUGGGUGUGUACAGCAAGGCGGGGGACCUCAAGGUCAACGUCUGCAAGCAGAAGGCACUGACCAACAUGCGCGCCGCGAACAAGGAGGUGAAGACUGUGCUGGACGAGGCGCGCACCAUGGGGCUGGACGAGGCCCUGGAGUAUGUGACGGACGACGAGCUCGUGGAGGUGACGCCCCUCUCCAUCCGCAUGCGCAAGGACCCAUCCGCAUCCAACAAGCGCGGCAGGCGCUGA